ACUGACGCCAUUACGAUUAUUUAGCUGUGUGGUGGUUGUUGGUUGUGUUAUUGGUUGUUGUAUUAAAAAAAUACAAUUUCCUAUAUUGCUGAUUUCACCUGGAAGUUUGCUCCUUGUAGUGAGUUUCAGGCGUGGUUCUAAAAGCAACAACGUCGUCGCCGCCGUGAAGUAGUGUUUGUACGUCGAAGAGCGAAAAUCCCCAAAAAUGCCGGGUUUUAGCAGCGCGGGUACCUUCAAAAUCUUUAUCGGAAAUUUGGGCGAGAAGACCGCAGUGGCCGAACUGCGUCCAUUGUUCGAAAAGUACGGAAAAGUCGUCGAAUGUGAUGUCGUCAAGAAUUACGGCUUUGUCCAUAUGGAAAACGAAACUGACGGACGCGAAGCCAUCAAUAAUUUAAACGGACAUAUGUUGAACGGUCAGCCGAUGAAGUGCGAGGCGGCUAAGAGCCGGAAAGCCCCCCAUACACCUACCACCAAGAUCUUCGUUGGAAAUUUGACGGACAACACGAAGGCUCCACAAAUACGCGAAUUGUUCAAAAAGUUCGGCACCGUUGUGGAAUGCGACAUCGUUAGGAACUACGGUUUCGUCCAUUUAGAGUCAUCGGGAGACGUUAACGAGGCUAUCAAAGAACUAAAUGGUACCAUGGUGGACGGUCAACCCAUGAAGGUUCAAAUCUCGACGUCGCGCGUACGUCAACGUCCCGGAAUGGGCGAUCCGGAGCAGUGCUACCGAUGCGGCCGCGGCGGACAUUGGUCGAAGGAAUGUCCCAAAGGCAUGGGACCCGAAAGGUUCCGCGAACGCAUGUUUGCAAGAGACCCCUACCCCCCACCACCCCCGCCACCUUUCCUGCGCGACCGCAUGAUGGGACGAUUUGGGGAUGGCUACGAUGGCUACUAUGACCGUCGUUUCGAAGAUUCCCGUGAUCUGUAUGACCGUCGCUAUUCCGGAAUGCCGUCUAGCCGUGAGGUGGGCAUGCGCGGUGCCGCAAGCGCUCGAGACUUUAUGCCGCCACCACUUCCACCGCGCAGAGAACCUCUGCCUCCUAUGCCUUCCAUCGGGUUGAGAGGAGGACCUUCCAGUGGUAUGGGCGGUAGUCUAAGAGACAGCGGUUUUUCGAGAAGCGCCAGCGAUUAUGGUAUGUUUAGCAGGAGAUCUCCACCACCUUCCGGAAGUUUGAGGAGCAGUAGGAUGUAUGAGGAUUUUAGCAGAGACUCAUUUGAUGAUAGGAGACCUGGAUUAAGAGGACCAUCACCUCCAAGAAGAUAUGCGCCAUAUUAAAGCGGCUUAGUAUGUAUGCAACGGCCAGUUGCCAAGAUUACAUAAUUCCUGACUUUUAAUUUAGUGAAAACAUUUCUAUUUACCUAUAUGUCACGAUAAUGAUUUAUCAUAAAUUUAGGUUUGUAUUUGGCAUACAAAGAACCAAGCGUGACACCAAAGUGUGAAGUUAAUUUUUAAAAUUCUAUGAAUUUUUAUCAAUUCUUGAUAAUUUAAAGUCCAAAUAGUCACAUCGUAUGAUACUUGUGUGUGUAGUAGAUUAAGCACAGAACAAGGACAACAUUUAAAAACAUACAUAGAAAAAUCCAUGAACUUUGUUGUUGAUACUUAAUUUAUUUACAAAUAUUUCUAUUACUUCAUAAAUUGUGGUAAAUAGUUCUGUGUUUAUUAUAGAUUUGUUUUUUAUUACUAGUGACUAAUGACAUUUUAAAAAUAGGUAUUUAAUAUGCUGAUUUGAAUCUCGUCCAAUCAGUUUCAAAACUUUUGACAUCAGGAAAUAAUAUUCAAUGGUUGGAUUUGGUGAAGUGGAAAAAAUUUAAACGAUACCUAUUUUUAUGAUAUUGCAAAUAUCUUUUUUAUGUAUUAGUGUAAGAGGUGGUAAAUAAAAUACUGCAAUAAGUUGA